AACAGCUGUUCAUAUCAGCCGGUGUUAUGUAGUUCGCCUGGCUCGCCUUCUUAAAAGCGAAGAAAAUCUUCUUUUUGUAUUAAAUAACAAAGAAUUAAACUAAUUAAUUUAAAAAAAUGUGGUCAGUACUUAAUUCUUCAAUGCGGACUUUGGUGUUACGUCAGAAAUUCACUAUUGACGCUAUACGAAGCUUGCAUACUACCGCUGUAUGUGAAGCUGCAAGGAAAGGUACACGCGAAAAAGCACGCAAGAAGAAAGUCAAAGUGGAAGUGAAAAAAGUCGGAUUUAUACCACACAAUGAAAGAGAUAAUAAAUUGAAUCUACAGCGGGAGAAUAAACAUGUUGAUGACUCGUGGAAGCAAAUUUCCACGGACAAUUGUUAUGUAGGCAAAUACUAUCGUUGGCCCGUCUAUUCGGUGGCCGAUGCCAUACAAUGCCAUCGUGAAACCCACCAUCCCAGCAUGUACAAUGAACCCAAUGCCCCACUAAUUGCCCAUGUUGAAAUGAAUAUGAAAGGAGAAAAGGCUACACGUUUUGUGGAUAAUUUCCAACGCAUGGCUAUGAUGCCGCAUAAAUUCGAUCAUGGGGAAGAGAGGCGGAUACUUGUAUUCACCAAAGGCAAUGACGAAAUAGCAGAAGCCAGACAGGCUGGUGCCACUCUUGUCGGUGGUGUUGAACUUAUCAAGGACAUUACAAACGGCGAACUUUUACUCACCGAUUACCAAUAUGUUAUAGCACAUCCAAAUAUAUUACCCGAAUUAGUGGCAUUGCGUGGUCUAAUGAAACGUAAAUUUCCCAAUCCCAAAUCUGAGACUUUGGGCACAAAUCUAGCUGAAAUGAUACAGCGUUUCGCCGAUGGUGUCAGUUAUAUGGCAAACAAAGAUGAACACCAACAAGAUUUUGGUUUAAUAACAACGACUAUUGGUACACUAAAUAUGGAUGCCAAACAUUUGGAGGACAAUUUGUGUUCCUUACUCAAGGACAUAAAUAGCGUGAGGCCUAAACGUGAGGGCAGAUUUAUAACGCGAGUUCUUCUCAAAAGUCCUCCCAGUCGGGAGCAAUUGAAAAUUGAUGCAUUUUUAUAUGUGCCAGAAAUGUUUGUAAAAUCUAGUGGUGGCAGCCAGCAAAAAUCAGUCAAAAAUACAAAAGUUGAAAAGGAUGAUGACGACGAAGUCGAAAAGAAACAAGCAGAGGCAGCUGUUAAUUAGUUACUAAGGAGCCAUGCUUUAUUUUUACAUAUAUUAAAGCAUAAUGGUUAUUAAAAUUAAUUUUAAUAAAAAAAAUACCUUACCAUUCUUUGCCGACGGCGUAGUCGAAGGCGAAUUUCACAUUUCAUGGUAUUCUGUAACUUAUUCGCCUUCGACAGUUUGAUAAAAAAAAAACAUUGAGGUAUAUAAAAAAAAAUAAUAUAAAAGUAGGUUCCAUACUCUUUCGACAAACAGGCGCGAUGUAGUUUAGAACGCAAUAUACUUAUAUACGAUCGUUUUCGUCAAAUUUGACAGUCGAAUUCGACUUAUAUAUGUGAUACCAAAAAUGUUUGUAAAAAUUUCGACAUUCGACUACGCCAUCGCCAACCAGCAUAAGGGGGUAUAUAUAAAAAUACAUCGAA